AUGGCCAGCCAUUCGAGUUACGAGUACGAGGACAGGGGGCAGAGGAUGCGGCAUCGGGUCGGUACCACUUCCAGGGCGGCUGAUUCUACUGUGGCUUGCACUAGCAGUCAGUAUUACGUGGGCCCUAGCAGCGACAUCAGCGAGGAGGACCUCGCCGAGCUUCCUUCCUGCGUUUAUGCUGGUAGAUCUACUCAACACGUCGCGCACACCUCACACGCUCAUUCCCCUCUCCAUUACCACAUGCCGGUCUCUACACCUGAUCACAACGAUACAGAGAUAAAUGGUGUAGAAGAGGGCUACUAUCCAAACGGCAGCCCAUACAGAAUUCAACGACACGCGGCUAACAUACGCGAGAGAAAACGCAUGCUGAGCAUCAACUCGGCUUUCGACGAGCUACGAGUUCAUGUACCAACGUUCCCAUACGAGAAGAGGCUGUCCAAGAUUGAUACCCUGCGUCUGGCUAUAGCGUACAUCGCGCUACUUCGAGAGGUGCUGGCUGCAAGGCUUGAUCCACUGACUUACGUCGAGAGGUGCCUUAGAGGAGAAAUAAACGGCGAACGUGCUGAAUGGAACACCAGCGAUCUGACAGCACGUUUAUCAUGGAUAAAUUGGGAGAACUUAGGCGUGAAUCCUAAUCGACGAUCGGUGCUAACCACGCUCGCCCUAACAACAGACAAUAUGAAUUAAAGUACAGAGAAGAAAAUCUCAGCCUGCGAGGAUGAUCAUCACAGACGAAUUCUUCUUUUCUUU